AUGGCAUCUAUCAAGAACGUCGCGAUUGCUGGUGCUGCAGGUAGUCUGGGCUCUGUCGUCUUUAAGCAGCUCGUGAACUCUGGGAAGUACAACGUCAGAGUGCUGAGACGUCUUGGCUCUCAAUCGAAGUACCCCCCCGGAACCGAUGUUGCGGAUGUCGACUUCGAGUCUGUAGACUCAUUGAAGGCAGCUCUUGCAGGCCAAGACGCCGUGGUUGCCACACUUGCCACCGAGUCAAUUGGCGCUCAGAAGACAUUGAUCGACGCCUCAAUCGCUGCUGGAGUGAAGCGUUUCCUCCCUUCCGACUUCGGAUCAAAUCUCGACAACCCCAAGACACGAGCGCUCCCGGUGUAUACUCAGAAAGUCCAAAUUCAAGACUACCUAGCCGAGAAGGCCAAAACAACAGGCCUUACCUACACAAUCGUGUAUAACUCUGCCUUCCUCGAUUGGGGUCUCGAAAAAGGUUUCAUUUUGAACACAUCUGACGGAAAGCCCACAAUAAUCGAUGGCGGUGACUUGCCAUUCUCGGCUACGACCUUGACGACCGUGGGCGAUGCUGUCGUGGCAGUGUUGGCUCACCCCGAGGAAACAAAGAACCGGGCCGUUUACAUCGAGGAUAUUAAGGUCACUCAGAACCAGCUUCUUGCCAUUGCUAAGAAGCUUGCACCCCACAAGACUUGGCAGCCUCAGCAUGUGAAGCUGGAUGAUAUGACUGCUGCCGCAGAUGCCAGACUCAAACAGGGGUUGUUUGACAUGCAAACCUUUGCCCCGUAUCUGUUCCGUGCAGUUUUGGACCAGGAGUAUGGUGGCAACUUCACCAAAACUGACAAUGAGCUUCUGGGGUUGAAGGGAAAGACCGAGAAGGACAUUGCUGGUAUUCUUGAGCCAUUGUUAAAAUAG